AUGGAGAAAAAAGAAGAUGAUAAAGCAAAUAAGAUAACUUUUAUGAACGUCCCAGCAUUUAGAGGGUUAUUUAUUGACCAAUGUUUGGCAGAAGCUACUGAGUAUGGGUUUUCUGGAACUUCUUUGAAGCAAACUUCGUGGGAAAAUUUGUGCAAAUUCUUUUCUGAGAAGUAUGACUGCACUAUCACACAGAAGAAGUUAAGAAAACACUGGGAUUACUUGCGUAAUCAAUACGUCACUUGGUCCCGUCUCUUAGCAAGAAUUGGUCAUGGGUACAAUGCUGAGACGAACACUUUUGAUUGGAGAGAAGAGCAAUGGGUUGAAUUAGACAAGAAAUCCAUGAUAUUAGCUAGUUCAUUUCCAAUUAGUGUACUGACCAUCAAAAACGCCAGUCAAUUCAAGAACAAGGGACUGGAAGAUGCAGAGAAGUUGCAGAACUUAUUUGAUGGCAAGUUGUCCACUGGAGCUAAUAGAGAUACGCCUGGAAGAGUGGAACCUAGUUCAGCUGGGACUUCUACAAAUACAGGGUUUCAAAUAAUGGUUCUGAGUCUCGAACAAGUCUUGGAAAAGAACAAAAUUGUGAGGAUUAUAACGAGAUUGAGAAGGAUAAAAGGAAAAAAAAUGAAGACCUUACUAUCUCAGCUACUAGAUUUAUGUUUGUUAGUGAAGCAACUUAAAAAGGCUAAGCGGUGUGUACGCCCGAAGUACAAGAAGUCAAUUUUAACAGGAAAGGCUUUCACCCAAGAUCUGUUAGAAGGAAAUCCGAGGAAUAUGUACAACCUAUUGAGAAUGAGUAAGGCUCCUUUUAUUCAAUUAUACAAUGAAUUCCGAGCCAAAGGAUUUUUAGAGGAUAGCAAGUAUAUUGAAGUAGAUGAGAAGGUGACAAUGUUUUUAUACACAAUCUGGCACAAUUUCUUAGUUCCUCCACCUAAUGUAUUUGACAAGCCAGCUAUAACUAAAAGGCAUAAACUCCUUAAAGAAGGUGCUUUUAAAGGUGACGUUGUGGUUGGAUGGGAAGGCACUGCUCAUGACUCGAGAAUGUUGACUGAGGCAGUGCGUGAUCCAUCUUUCAAGUUUUCUUUACCUCCUCCAGACAAAUACUAUCUAUGUGAUGUUGCAUACUCCCACACAAAGGGGUUUAUGUGUCCAUAUCACAACAUAAGGUAUUGGUUAGGUGAUUACAGAAGAGUAUCUGCAGCAACAAAAGAAGAGAAGUUCAAUCAAGCCCAUGCUCGACUGAGUAAUGUAAUUGAGAGAACACUCGGGGCAUUGAAAGCAAGAUUUCCAGUGUUAAGUAAAAUUCCUUCUUACUCAUUUGAGACGCAAAGAGAUAUCGUCAUUGCUUGCAUGUCAAUACAUAACUUUCUACGCCGCAAUGCAUUAGAUGAUUGGUUGUUUAAACAAUAUGAGAACGAGGCAUUUGAGAUGAAUGAAAUACAGGUAGAUGAGGAAGCCAAAACGGAAAAAAAAUGCACCUCAUCUCUUCGGAAGACAAGAGCAAUUACAUAUGAACAAUUUACGUGA